AGCGGGAGGAGGAGCCGCCAACGCGCCAGGGGGAGCCGGGGGAGCCGAGGAGGGCGCCCCAGGUGAUUGCCCCCUCCACCUCCUGCGAUGUCAGGAAGGAGAGGGCCACCUGUGCCCCCCAAAGGGGCCCCCCGGAGCCUGGGGGCCCCCAGCCCCAGAGCUCGGAGGCGGAGGAGGUGCUGACAGGUGCUCAGCGAGAUGCUCCCCCAUCCCCCCGGCUCCCUCCCCUUCCUCCUGCUUUUCCUCCUCCCCAGUUUCCCGAUGGAGCCCCAGCCCCCACCCUCACUACUGCCCCCAUUUCCAGCCCCCGAGUGGGACCUCUUAUCCCCCCGCGUAGCCCUGUCUAGGGGUGCCCCUGCAGGUCCCCCUCUGCUCUUCCUGCUGGAGGCUGGGGCCUUCGGGGAGCCAGCAGGCAGCCCAGCCAACCGCAGCCGGCGGGGUGUGAGCGAGACAGCACCGGCCAGCCGAAGGGGAGAGCUGGCUGUGUGCGAUGCGGUCAGUAGCUGGGUGACAGACCGCAGGACAGCCGUGGACCUGCGCGGGCGUGAGGUGGAGGUGCUGGGAGAGGUGCCUGCGGCCGGUGGCAGUCCCCUUCGCCAGUACUUCUUCGAGACCCGCUGCAAAGCUGACAGCUCUGGGGAAGGUGGCCCCGGUGGGGGUGGAGGAAGCUGCCGGGGUGUGGACCGGAGGCACUGGGUGUCCGAGUGUAAAGCCAAGCAGUCCUAUGUACGGGCCUUGACCUCAGAUGCAGAGGGCCGUGUGGGCUGGCGAUGGAUUCGAAUUGAUACUGCUUGUGUCUGCACACUCCUCAGCCGGACUGGCCGGGCCUGAGGCCCAUGCCCAUGAACUGGGCUGGCAGAUGAAGAAGAGAACUGGAUCCUGAGGGACCUGGGGGGUGGCCUGGCUGCUUUGGGCUUCAGUCAGUUGGUCACAAAAUCACAGCUCUCCGAAUUUGAGAGCUUCAUCUCAAAGACAGUUGGUGAAACUAAAUGGGGUUUUGAAGGAUGAAUAGGAGUUCUCCUGGAUGAACUUCAUAAUGAUGCUGAUUGUGAUAGCCAAUUAUUCUGAAUGUCUUACUGUUCAUCAGUCCAAUACACAACUUGUCAGAUCAACUCUGGUGGAUUUGACCAUCGGAGGCCCUGACUUCUAACUUACUGACCACUUAAUCUCAUAGGACACCACCUUGCUGACCCUGGAGAGUGAUAACGAGAAAAUAUGUCAAGAAGUGGGGGGAGGGGAGCAUCAAAAUGGGAAUAUGCAACCAACUGGCUGGAAGCUGGGGUGCAAAUGAAAAUCUUAUUUGGUGAAUGGGUUGAGUGUUGCCUUAGAAUGUUCAGUUUUGAGAUAGUAAGCUGACCGUCCUGGCUGGAACACAAGCGAGGUUGACGGAUAGGAGGUCAGGAUGCUAGAGAGCUUGGCCCUGAUGGGAAAGUGGAGUCAGGUUUCUACCCCCUUUCCUGUCUCAACCUUUACCCCACAUUGAAGGAGAAAUAGACCUUAAAAUUGUAGGCACAAUGUUCUGACAAAUUGCCCCCUGGCUAGGACCAGAGGCCGCUUGGACACUGAUAGAUCCUGAGUGGACCAGGAAAAUCCAACAGGAGAAGGGCCCACAGAAACUUAAAUGGGGUCAGUGGGACUCUGGGCCAGACUGCAGAAGACAGCCUCUGUUUUCCCGCUCUGAAGAAAAGGUUGGUGGGGUGACAUGCUAGGAGAAGUGGAGGCUUUGACCUAAAGGACUUUAAUGUGAGGAAAUGAUAGGGAAGUCAGAGGUAAACCCCACACCUGCAGGGCACCCCUGCAUGGGUUAUCACUCCAUAGCCUCAAGCCUGUUACACACACACAUCCCUUUAGGAGCCUUGGGCUAAGGGCACAGAGAAACCCUGUGUCCUAACCAGACGGGGCUCCUGAGCAGGGCUGGGCAGGGUCUGGCUGCCUCUGUUUCUCCAUCUCUGUGAUCUAGGUCUGGGGUUCCCCCCCCCU